UCUCCCUGUCCCUGGCCCAGCAUGAUACUGACCAAAGCCCAGUACGACGAGAUAGCCCAGUGCCUAGUGUCUGUGCCGCCUACCAGGCAGAGCCUGAGGAAGCUGAAGCAGAGGUUCCCCAGGAAGCAGCGCUACAGUGUUUUGAUGCCCCACAUGAUCAAAAGGUCCUUUUGAGCAGUUACUCAGCUGCAGAUUAUUGUGCAGUAGUAAUGUUCCAUGCUGUGAGAAGCAGUUUCCAGUUUGACUGUGAAUGGCCUUACCAACUGGGAUUUCAUUAGGGGUUGACACUAGUCAAUCGCAGGCCACUCUGCUGAGCAUCUUCUCCCAGGAGUACCAGAAACAUAUUAAGAGAACACAUGCCAAACAUCAUACUUCAGAAGCGAUUGAAAGUUAUUACCAGAGGUAUCUGAAUGGAGUGGGGGAAAAUGGAGCUGCCCCAGUGCUCCUGGAGCUAGCCAAUGAGGUGGACUACGCACCCUCAUUAAUGGCUCGGAUUAUACUGGAAAGGUUUCUACAGGAGCAUGAGGAAGCUCCACCCUCCAAGUCUGUUAUAAAUAGUAUGCUACGGGACCCUUCUCAGAUUCCAGAUGGAGUUCUAGCAAAUCAGGUCUAUCAGUGCAUCGUGAAUGACUGCUGUUAUGGACCACUGGUGGACUGCAUCAAACAUGCCAUUGGUCAUGAGCAUGAAGUCCUGCUGAGGGACUUGCUUCUGGAGAAAAACCUAUCCUUCCUAGAUGAAGAUCAGCUUCGUGCAAGGGGUUAUGACAAAACGCCAGACUUUAUUUUACAAGUACCAGUUGCUGUAGAAGGGCACAUAAUUCACUGGAUUGAAAGCAAAGCCUCAUUUGGUGAUGAAUGUAGCCACCAUGCCUACCUGCAUGACCAGUUCUGGAGCUACUGGAAUAGGUUUGGGCCAGGCUUAGUCAUCUACUGGUACGGGUUUAUCCAGGAGCUGGACUGUAACCGGGAGAGGGGCAUCCUGCUCCACGCCUGCUUCCCCACUGACAUCGUCACCUUGUGCCACAGUGUUGCUUGACCCUGACGAUCCUGGAAGAGAAUCUGGGAGGAGAAGGUGAAUCCGGAAGCAAUUUUACUUUCCUGCAGCGUAAACUCCUGGCAACAUCUGCCCUGAACUUCAGCUGAACUCUCGCUGCCCGUGGUCACACCACUACCUCUUUAGACAAACAUAUCAAGAGUUUCUGUUUUCCUUCAUCCCUUGCUCAUGGGAACAGCCAAGAACUACAGACACAACCCACUCAUUAUCAGCAUUUCUGUCUCUGUCAAACAGUUAGUUUAUAGAUAGUCAUAAUCUUUCUUCCUUCCGGAUGGUUUCUCCUUAUAUACUGAACAAAAGGAAAAAUGUGGAGACUGAAAGGUGUGAUUUUUCAAUUCUCCGCCCAGUUACCAAAUUGCCCUCUUAUUUAUUUUUUGGCUAAGCCUGAAUUCAUUCUGUCUCCCUCCCCAUUUCUCUUCAUGUACACUUCCAGAUACCCAGGAUUGCAUUACCGUCGUGGGAUAACCUCUCACUGUCCUAGCAAAGCCAAAGUCGUGAAGGCUACAACUAGAUUUUCUCGCUCCCUGCAGGGGCUGAUCUUGCUGGGAGCCUGCGCUUGCUUUGUCCAGUCUUUAUGGUUUCCUGACGUCUAUGGCAGUAAGCCAAGCUGAAAAAAAUAUACUUGAUGAGAAUUUCUUCUUUUUAUAUUACUUGUUUGAACACAAAACAUUUUCCACUUAUCUCAUUUAAAAGUAUCAGUUAUGUUGUGUCUGGAAACCAUGCUUCUCUUUUGGAUUGGGGGCUGAGGGCAGAUAACUGAAGCUCGGGGCCAGCCUUGAAAAGAGUUUAUUUUUAAACACAACUAGUUUUCUGUAGGUAUGGAUGGUAGUUGGUAUUUUUAUGAGUAAAAUUUUUCAAAAGUGCAUUCUUUGCCCUGCUUUAUAUCUCCCAUAAGUUAGGCAUUAGGGAAGUUCGGCUUUGAAUGAAUUAAGUGUACCAAAAAUAAACCUAGAGCGAUUUUCAGGUUAGCAAAAUAAAAGAAGUUUUGUAUUUGUUCACUUUCAUUUAUUCACUUUUUAUACUACAAACCAAAUUUCAAUCUGAAGGAAAACAUCAUUAUAAAUUCAUUAUAAACCUAUCUUUUAGGAAGGUAAAAAAUUAAUCCAUACCCAAAAAUGUAUUUAAUAAAA